UGAGCAAGUUUAGCUUAUUACAAGAAAAAAUGAAUAAGUGUUUUGUGGAUCAUUGCCCAUCACACAGUGUAACUUAUUAUAAAUCUACCAUAUUGCAGUUUAUACAAAUUAGAAGAACAUCAUGUCUACAGAAGUACAAAGAUUAAUGGUAAUUCAUGAUGCAUCGAGAAAUGAUGGUUUAAGUGCAAUCGUAUCGGCCUUUGAAAGCUUACCGGUUAGAUCAGGGGAUGAGCUCACACUCCUUGGAGUUAUUCACCAGUAUCCUAGUCCAUUGAGAAUCAAGAGCAUGCCAAUCAAGAGUUUGAUCGAUGGCAGUGGAUCACACGCCAAGAGUAAAGAUGAUGAACAGAUGAGAAAGGAGGAGUAUCUUAAACGCGAGGAAGUGAUCCGAUUGUCUACCAUUUGUAUAGAGAAAAAGGUUCAAACGCUAACCGAAUUCCAACUUAAACAAUUAAGAGCGAUUGUAUAUCCGUUAAACAAGUCCAAAAAAUGCAUUUUCCAGAUAAAACUCUACAUAGGUGUGCACGCUGGAUCUUCUCCAAGGAAAGUCGCUGCAAAAGCCGCAAAUAGUUUAAGUGUGACAUGGGUGGUACUUGACAGGCAGAUGAAGAAAGACAGAAAGUACUUUAUGGAGAAGCUGAAAUGUGGCAUACUAAGGAUGAAAAAAGACGAAACAAUCGAAAAGCUUAGAGGGCCAAUAAUGAAUGAUGAAAAGAAACAAAGAUCGAUUAAGAGAACCAUAAGCAGUGAUCAUGUUUCUUAUGGUGAAAUGAUACCCGUAAUGUCAAAACAAGAACUCAUACUAAAGAAAACUUUAAAUACUCAAAAACAUAAAACAGAAGACGGGGUUUCAUCUUACCGAUCAUCUGCAUCUACGGUAUCUACCUUAAGCUUCACAACUUUUGAAGUUUCAUCUACAUCAAUGAGUUCCACCUUAAGCUUCACAACGUCUGAAGUUUCAAGCUCUACAGACGCAAGAAACUUUUACGCUCCGCAAGAUGAAAAUGAUUCUAUAAGCAUCCAACCCACAAAUCCUAUUCCUGAAAGGAAAGAUCAGACUGAGGUAGAACAGCUUGAUGAACAAGAUAAAUUUGAAGAUUCUGUUUGUUCGGUUUGUGAAAACAAACGUCCCAAUAUUCAGUUAACCCAAGACUUCACUUACACUGAGCUGCAACAAGCGACUAACGGUUUUUCUUCAGAAAAGUUUUUAUCAGAAGGCGGGUUCGGUUCUGUUUAUGAAGGAAAACUAGAAUGUGGGUUGAAAGUUGCUAUUAAACAACAUAAAGACGUAAGUUCUCAAGGCGAAAAAGAGUUCAAAUCUGAAGUUAACGUACUCAGUAAAGCCAGACACCCGAAUUUGGUCAUGUUGUUGGGAUCAUGUUCAGAAGGAACACACAGGCUGCUUGUUUAUGAGUUUGUGUGCAAUGGUUCAUUAGAUCAACAUUUAUCAAGCCAUGAACUUACUUGGGACAAGAGAAUAAAAAUUGCACUUGGGGCUGCAAGAGGGUUAGAUUAUCUUCACAGCAGAAACAUCAUACACAGAGACAUGAGGCCGAAUAACAUUCUUGUAACGCAUGAUUAUGAACCGCUGCUAGGUGAUUUUGGUCUAGCAAGAACAAUCUGUGUUGAUACAGAUGAAACUGGUGUGGUGGGGACCCUUGGAUAUGUAGCACCCGAGUACGCAGAGUAUGGGAAAGUGUCAACAAAGACGGAUGUUUACUCAUUUGGCGUGGUCCUAUUACAGCUCAUCACCGGAUGCAAAACAAAAGAGGACAAGUUUAAGGAUAAAACUCUAGUUGAAUGGGCAAGACCGCUUCUUGAAGACAAGAAUUAUCCGUGUCUAAUCGAUGAGAAGAUUCUUGAUUCCCAUGAUGUUCAUGUCUUCCAACUUUAUCUCAUGGUAAAACUAGCAGAAGGUUGUCUCAAGAAAGAUCCAACCAAGAGAGAGACAAUGAAAGAUGUGGUGCGGGAAUUAGAACGCAUUAAAAAUGGUACUACAAGGUACAUAGAACCAAAGUAAUGUCAAAUAGAUUGAAGUUUAUAGCCACACCCGGUUAACACGGUUGGAUAUCCGAAUUCGUAUACGCUUCAUCAUGAAAACUAUUUGAAUGUGACAUCUAUUUUUGUAUUCACAUGAUGUUUAAUGUAUAUGGAUGGAUAUUGUGUUCAAUUUAGUUA